AAAAGAAAACAAAAUUUAUUUGUUUUUGAUUUUCUGACAAAAUCACUCUGGUUGACCUCAAAAGUUCAGUAAUUUCCAGUUUCCACGCCGAUCUAAAAAACAGAGACGGUGGUUUUCAUUCAAAAAUCUUCAAAUUAGAACCCUUGCCCUAAUUUAAUCUUGAUUUGAUCGGCAUAAUAUGGCGGUUCCGGUGCUGGGUGGGUUUCCGAUCUUCUUGGUAGUGAGAGUUCUGGGUUUCAUCAUUGCGGCUUUGGUUCUGACAUGGAAUGUUCACUACAGAGGAGGAUUAGCUCUUGCUUCCGAUAGCAAAGAUCUCAUCUUUAAUGUUCAUCCAGUUUUGAUGGUGAUAGGACUCAUACUCUUCAAUGGUGAAGCAAUGUUAGCAUACAAGUCAGUCCAAGGUACAAAGAACUUGAAGAAACUGGUUCAUCUUACACUACAAUUCACAGCUUUUAUCCUAAGCCUUAUCGGAGUAUGGGCUGCUCUCAAGUUCCAUAUCGACAAAGGGAUCGAGAAUUUCUACAGUCUCCAUUCAUGGCUCGGCCUAGCUUGUCUCUUUCUCUUCGCCUUCCAGUGGGCUGCAGGGUUUGUGACUUACUGGUACCCGGGCGGUUCAAGAAACAGCCGAGCCAGCUUGAUGCCGUGGCACGUGUUCCUGGGGAUCUACAUAUAUGCAUUGGCCAUAAUGACUGCAACCACAGGGAUACUUGAGAAGUUGACGUUCCUGCAAGUGAAUCAGGUGAUAACUCGGUAUUCCACAGAAGCAAUGGUAGUUAACACAAUGGGAGUUUUGAUUCUUCUUCUUGGUGGUUUCGUGGUACUCGCUUUGGUUACACCAGUCAACGGCAAAAAUCAAGUCCUUACACAGUAGAGAGAAACUCAAAAAAGAUGAAUUUUUUUACAAUAAACAUUUGUGAUGAUAUUGAGUUUAUUUAAAGUGAUUUUAA